AUGGAGGACUCCUAUAAUUUUGCAACAACAAUUUUAACGUCCAAGUCGCCCGAGCAGGCCGCUUCGAUAAUACCCAACGUUAUAGCAGGGUCAACCGGUAUCAACAAGGACUUGAUUGCUUGGUUCAACCACUAUAGCUCGGCAUUGGCCAGCCACAACCAAAGUUUGAGGCAAUUAGUCGAAGACGCCAACAAAAUUGCUCAGCGCAGCAACGUCGGCUUCAACAAUUUUCCCCGCAACUGGAACUGCUUGACCAAGUCCGUCGAGUUGGAGUUGAGCGACAAUGAAAAGAUCCAAAGGAACUUGAAGCAGGAGAUUAUCAACCCCUUGCGUGACUUGAUUGAAAAAGACGUGAGGGUGCCCGAGUUGGUUGUCAAUGGACAAGAGCUCGAAGAGCUUAGUAGCCAUUUGACCAAGGACGGCGAGUACCAAUGGAAUUAUAAAGCCCCGCAAUCGUUCCAGAAUUUGGAGGACUUCAAAAAGAUUGAGAUCCAGUUGAUGUUCAACGUGGUGUUGAAUUUUUUCCAAAUGUACAAUGCCAAAUUGACCAAGGAGUUGAAAAAUAACGAAAACUCCACCAAUUACUUGUUGGGCAGCUUCAAAUUGGAUAGCGAGAUGCAAAACCAGUUGAACUACUUGCAGACUACCCAGUUCACCUCGACUCGCAAAAGUGCGACAGCAACAGCAUCAAAUACAAAAUCAGCGCAAACGUUUGGUGCCGCUCAAGGUGCACACGAAGGUCCAGCUCUGCCAAAACAGUCAAGGAAAGGCUCGUUUGGCAAAUUGGACAAGCACCCAACGGGCGACUCGCCAAAGAAAUCUUCCAAAUUGAAAUCCAAAGUAGGAUCCAUUUUUGGAAGGAAAAAGAAGAAGGACAAGUUUGUUGGUAAUGAAGCUGUGUUGCCCGAAGACGCAUCAGAAACGACUGAAUUAUCUGCUACAAGAACUCAAUCGACUUCGAUGUUGUCGAGAAAUACAACGAGAAGGUCGAAUAUUGAGCAACCAACAGCGCAGAGACAAGAGUCCAGCAACUUUGGUUACCCACAAGAUUCUAGUGCCGGUCGCUCGCAGCAGCAAAAUGCUUUUGCUUCGCCAAUUGAGCAACAGCAAAGACAACAACCACCACCACCACCACCACAACAACAACAACAACAACAACAACAACAACAGCAGCAGCAGCAGCAGCGCUCGUUCCAGCAGCCAGUUUUAGCUGACCCUCGCUCUUCAAGAAUCCCACAAUCGCAAUUUCCUUUACAACCACAACUGCAACCAAAUCCUGAAGCUGAACCGGAACCGUUCCCACGCCACGUGCAGCAAAACCAGAACCGCGUCUCAUCGUUUGACACAUUGUCGUCUUCUGGACAACCCGUCAAGGCCGGAGGAGUGCCGGCAACAUCUUCUCAGAACAAGUUCUUACCACCCGAACUCCCCACGGCUCAAGCCGAGUCUCCUAAUUUUGUAAGGUACGGCCACGAUGAGGACAACGAUAGCAGCGAUGAAUCUGUCCUUGCAGGGCGCAGAGGAUCUUUGUUGCAGAGACAUGAACUAGACGACGAUCAUCACAGAGAGUCGGGAAUCUAUCCAACUCCGCCGAUCCUGAACCAACAGCAACCACCUGUGCAGGCCUAUCCUCGUACGUUGCAGCCGCAAACUGUCUCCAACAGAGUCGAUACUCAAGGAUCGAGACAAAGCAGCGAUGGCAAAUACUCAUUCGAGAUGGGUGACGACCAGAAGCCCAUUUCGGCAACACCGAAGAGCCAGCAAAAUGGAUUUGAUCUUGUCCGUGAAGAGAUUCCAGAGCAGUACCAGAAACCGGAUACAUUUCCGCAAACAAAUGGUGCUUCUGCACACCUGGGUCCAUUUGGCAACGGAACAAGUCAGGGUGGUGGUGGUAGUGGUGGUUUGGCCGGCGCUGCUGUUGGCGGUUUAGCUGCAGCUGGUGCUGGUGCUGGCGCUAGCUUGGCCGCAGCAUCAUCUUCAUCAACAUCAACAUCGACAACAACAGCUGAGGCUCCUCCUAAGCCUCCACCUUCGAGAAAAGUUACACAUCCAGAACUGAGCACAUCUAUUAGAGAUUCGCAAUUUGUCAAUGCGCCUCCUGCGUCGGUUGAUCGCUCUGCGCGCAAUUCCGUGUUUCCGCCGGCGCCAAUGGUAGCUAGAAGUUCAUUCUCGCAUGCCAACUCGCCAUUCAAGCAAUUGACAAGCCAAGACACGGGCACGUUGCUCAAAAACGAAUUUAAGCAUUUCAAUUUGACUGAAGGAGCUGGCGGGUUGAACUCCUCGGUUGCCGAGAUUGUGAAUGCCAAUUUCAAGGAUGGAAAUUUACUCAGCGCGCAAGUUAUCGGAGAAGUUGCCUUUAACUACAAUGGAAUCGAGCUGCCAAGCAUGCCCGUUAUUGUCAACAUCCCCUACAGUUACGAUAAAUUGAUUGUCAACCCCUCGUUUGUAGAGGACCUCGGCGGUAACAACUAUAAACUCGAGCCCUCGCAAUUGGGAUCAAAGACAGUGGGCGGGUUGAAAUACUCGUGCAAACCGGCUCAAGUUCCAUUGACCAUCAACCAAGUGUGGAAGUACGAGCCGCACCAAUCCAGCUUGCUUUUGAGUGUGCGCUCCAACGUCGAUGAAGAUCUCGUGUUGGACUGUUUCAUGGUAUCGGCAGCAUUGGGCCCCGAAGUGCAGGCUACUUCAGCCUCUUCCAAACCACAGGGCGCGUUCAACAAGGACAAGAACAGAAUUACGUGGAGGUACAACAAGGCCUUGGUGUUGAAGCCUCACGGCGAAGAGAAGUUGAUUGCAAGGUUCAUGACUAAUGGACAAGGCACCGAGCACGAACAGGGAGUUCAAGUGAAGUUUGUCAUUGAAAACCCGGCAAGAACCAUCAAGUAUUGCUCGAUUUUCAACACGAGCAAUGGUGAAGAAAUUCCUACUUAUCGGAACUUGGCCAGCGGCCACUACAGCAGCCACUUCCAUUGA